AUGAAUGGAGAUAAUUCACCUAAAAUUGAUCAUAUGAAUAUUGUUGAUUCUAAUAAUUUGAUACCAAAUUCAUCGAGUUAUCAAGAGUCAAAGAGCAUAAAUGGGAAUAACGAUGGAGAUGAUGUAAAUGUCAAAAGAGAGAACACCAAACAACAACGAAAAAGAAAAAAGAAGGUCGAAAUUGCUUGUGUGUACUGUCGAAGGUCACAUAUGAUUUGUGAUGAUUCUCGACCCUGUCAACGUUGUAUUAAGAGAGGGAUAGGGCAUCUUUGUUAUGAUGAGCCUUCAAAUUCAAGGCAGAGAAAGAAAGCGGCAGCAUUAAAGCAACAUGGAGGUGUCGGGUCACCUCCUGCUUAUCCAAGUGAAGGAUUGUUAACAAACUCUGAAGGUGAGAACAUAUCUGAUGAAAUGCGAGGAAAAGAUCAACGUAUGAUGCCUGCAAUGAGCCAAGUAACCCAACAAAAGCCGAAUGGCUCUGUAUUAUCUCAAACAUUACCUUAUAAUCAAGAACCUUUUUUUUACUCUGAGCACGCAGGAAGUGAAUUCAGCUCCUUGAAUGAUUUUUUAUCCAUGAUUGAUGAUCCUGAAUUAGUGAACGGUGCUUUAAACGAUGAUAGCAGUCAAGCAGACGUUAUGCUUAACUUUGGUUUUUCUCAAAAUAAUGGUUCUGGAAAUGGUGUUAGUAAUGUCAGCUUAGUGGGAGACUCCGGGAAAGGUGCAAACGUAUCUAAUAUGCUCUCCUUUUCACCACAAGCCAAUAUAUUUCCUCAAUCGUUUCCAAACGAAACUGAAAUUGCCCAGCUUCCCACUCGACUGCCAAGUCAAAAGAAUCAUUUUAAUAAUAACUCUUAUAAGACCGAAAACCUGAACCUGAACUUGAAUGUUGGUUCCAAUGCCCUGUCACGGCCCGUAAUAUCAGAUUCUGCCAGAGACAAGUUUUUUUUAACAGCAGCUGAUCCAACCACAGAAAUUUCUCCGGAAGAGAGGUUGAAGCAAGUAAUAAAGGCCAAAUUAGAGGCAGGUUUGCUACAACCUUACAAUUAUGCAAAAGGAUACGCUAGAUUACAAAGUUAUAUGGAUAAUUAUAUGAAUUUGUCUAGUAGACAAAGGAUUUUGAAACCUUUAUCGAUAUUUCGUCCUGCUUUCCGCGCAAUUGCAAGAACCUUGAAAGAUGUUGAUUUAGUUCUAGUGGAGGAAAGCUUUGAGAGGAUGCUUUUAGAUUACGAUAGAGUAUUUACCUCUAUGGCCAUACCUGCAUGCCUUUGGCGGCGUACAGGUGAAAUUUAUAGAGGAAACAAGGAAUUCGCAUCUUUAGUUGGAGUAAUUACUGAUGACUUGAAAGAUGGGAAGUUGGCAAUAUAUGAAUUGAUGAGUGAAGAAAGCGCCGUCAACUUCUGGGAAAAAUACGGCGCGAUCGCGUUUGACAAAGGACAAAAAGCCGUACUUACGAGCUGUAACUUGAGGACGAAGGAUGGAACAAAAAGGAAAAGUUGUUGCUUUAGUUUUACAAUUCGCCGAGAUAGAUACAACAUUCCUAGCUGUAUCGUUGGUAACUUCAUUCCUAUUGAUCCUUCCUAA